CAAACCCAACACUAUGACUAAUCUCUUCCUCACAAUCCUUCUCCCCACUUUCCUCUUCCUCAUCGUUCUCAUCGUCUCUCGCCGCCGCAACAACCGUCUCCCUCCAGGUCCAAACCCAUGGCCCAUCAUCGGAAACCUCCCUCACAUGGGCCCUAAACCCCAUCAAACACUAGCCGCCAUGGUAACCACAUACGGCCCUAUACUUCACCUACGGCUAGGGUUCGCCGACGUUGUGGUUGCAGCCUCUAAAUCCGUGGCCGAACAGUUCUUGAAAAUUCAUGAUGCCAAUUUCGCUAGCCGACCACCUAACUCCGGAGCCAAACACAUGGCAUAUAACUAUCAAGAUCUUGUCUUUGCGCCUUACGGACAACGAUGGAGAAUGUUGAGGAAGAUUAGUUCUGUUCAUUUAUUUUCAGCUAAAGCUCUUGAAGAUUUCAAACAUGUUCGACAGGAAGAGGUUGGAACACUCAUACGCGAGCUAGCGCGUGCAAACAAGAAACCAGUGAACCUAGGCCAGUUGGUAAACAUGUGUGUAAUCAACGCCCUUGGACGAGAGAUGAUCGGACGGCGACUGUUUGGCCCCGGAGCCGAUCACAAAGCCGAGGAGUUUCGAUCAAUGGUCACAGAAAUGAUGGCUCUGGCCGGAGUAUUCAACAUCGGAGAUUUCGUGCCCGCACUUGACUGUUUAGAUUUACAAGGCGUCGCUGGUAAAAUGAAACGUCUACACAAAAGGUUCGAUGCUUUUCUAUCGUCGAUCUUGGAAGAGCACGAGACUAUGAAGAACGGUCAGGAUCAAAAGCACACGGACAUGCUUAGCACUUUAAUCUCGCUUAAGGGGACUGAUUUUGACGGUGACGGUGGAACUCUAACGGAUACUGAGAUCAAAGCCUUGCUAUUGAACAUGUUUACGGCUGGAACUGACACAUCAGCAAGUACGGUGGACUGGGCCAUAGCUGAACUGAUCCGUCACCCGGAUAUAAUGAGAAAAGCCCAACAAGAGCUUGAUUCCGUCGUCGGACGUGAAAGGCCCAUUAACGAGUCAGACCUUUCUCAGCUUCCUUACCUUCAGGCGGUUAUCAAAGAGAAUUUCAGACUCCAUCCACCAACACCACUCUCAUUACCACACAUCGCAUCAGAGAGCUGUGAGAUCAACGGCUAUCAUAUCCCCAAAGGAUCAACUCUUUUGACAAACAUAUGGGCCAUAGCCCGUGACCCAGACCAAUGGUCCGACCCGUUAUCAUUCCGACCCGAGAGAUUUUUACCCGGUGGUGAAAAAGCUGGUGUGGAUGUGAAAGGAAACGAUUUCGAGCUAAUACCGUUUGGAGCAGGGAGGAGAAUCUGCGCCGGGUUGAGUUUAGGGUUAAGGACGAUUCAGUUGCUGACGGCGACGCUUGUUCACGGAUUUGAAUGGGAGUUGGCCGGAGGAGUUACGCCGGAGAAGCUGAACAUGGAGGAGACUUAUGGGAUUACUUUGCAAAGAGCGGUUCCUUUGGUUGUGCAUCCUAAGCCAAGGUUGGAUAUGAGUGCUUACGGGCUUGGGUCGGCUUAAACCUAGGUUUGCUUGCGUGAGAAGGUAUAGAUAGGUAUGGUGAUGUUUGUGUUAUAAUGUAAGUCCGUUAAAAUAAAGUUAUUUCAAACGGCGUAAGUUGGUUCUUAAAAAUAUAAUAAUAAAUAUGUAACUCCGAAAAUUAUGUUAAUUAAAAUUGUGUGAUUUUUUUUUUUUUAUCUUGUCUGCAUGGACAAGACGAUGGCUGUCGGAAGCAAACCCGUUUCAGUUAUCUGCUUUCAUACCGCGACUUUAGAUUCAUA